AUGACUACCCCGAAGGAGUAUUAUAAUUCUUUACCACCUGUGGCCAAGACAUAUGCAACGAUAUGUUUAGCAACAACCGGAGCUUAUCAUCUUGGGCUUUACUACCCUGAUACCAUAGCUCUCGUUUACAAAGACGUUUUCACACGAUUUCAGAUUUGGAGGCUUAUAACAAACUUCCUUUUCCUCGGGCCUUUCUCUUUACCAUUUGCGUUUCACCUGCUGAUGAUAUUACGUUAUGGUGUUUCUUUAGAGAGGGGUCCUUUUGACAAGAGGACGUCGGAUUACGUAUGGAUGUUCUUCUUUGGAUCAUUCUCGCUACUGGCUAUGGCUGCUGUUCCAUUUCUUUGGUCUCCCUUCAUGGGAGCCUCGUUGGUGUUCAUGAUUGUUUAUGUCUGGAGCCGUGAGCUCCCUAACACCCGUAUUAACAUUCAAGGUCUCGUGGAGUUGAAGGGGUUCUAUUUACCUUGGGCUAUGCUUGCAUUAGAUUUAGUGUUUGGCAAUCCAUUGAUGCCGGAUUUACUGGGAAUUGGUGUUGGUCAUUUAUAUUACUUCUUGACGGUUCUUCACCCUCUUGCUGGUGGCAGAGAUUUCUGCAAGACUCCUCUUUGGGUUCACAAGCUGGUUGCGUAUUGGGGUAAGGGAUACCAAAUGAAUAGUCCUGUUCAGAGGGACCCGGCCACCGGAGUUGCUUUCCGAGGGAGAAGUUAUCGCGUUGGUGGGACCACAACGAGGGACAGCCGUGAAGGGGAAACAAACACAGUGACUACACAAAAUGGAGCAACUUUUCGUGGUAGGGGUCGUCGCCUCAACGAAAGCUAA